AUGUCUACACCUCAAGCAAAGAGGAGGGGAGUCGAGGUUCCUGUCAGUGUAAAGAAAAAAAUAUGUCAGCGUAAGAUUGAUCAUCCAAAUGCAUCUCUCCAAGACAUACGGCAGUUCAUCAUAGAUGAAACAUCACUUACAAUAGGUAAAUCAACGAUCGGCGACAUCUUGAAAAACAAGGACAAGUGGUUAGACGUCCCUACAGACUCUGGAGAUCAGACUCGUGCAAAACAUCCAAAACACCAAAGCCUGGACGACGCUCUCUACCUUUGGUUUACAGACAUGUCUGCCCGUCACGCUGCCAUUAACGACGACAUGCUACUGACUAAAGCCAAACAACUUGGGGAACAACUCAACAUUACUGAUUUCAACUACUCAAGAGGGUAUCUUCAUCGCUUCAAGACUCGACGUGGCAUCAAAAGAAAAUUAUACGAGGGAGAAGCGGACAGUGCUGACAUGAAUGCGGUUCAGACGGGACGAGGAGAUCUACAACGUGUACUCAAGGACUACGAACCAGAUGACAUCUUCAACUUAGAUGAGACGGGAUUGUUUUACAGACUGGGACCAAAUUACACACUGGCAACGCAAAAAGUGAGCGGAACCAAGAAGUCCAAAAACAGGAUAACAGUCGCCUUAGCAGCCAACGCCACUGGAACAACGAAGCUAAAACCAUUUGUGAUUACCAAAGUGAAUCGUCCCAGGUGUUUCGGCAAGACCUACAACCCAGAGACCUAG